AAAGCGCUCAGUGUGGAGCUGUCAGUAAAAGUAGUUGUAGCGAUAGCCCAUAGAUAGUACAGUGUCUCCAGUUACAGUCUGACCGCCUGUUCAGUGGCUAAAUACAGUGUGCGUGAAAAGGUUAUACAUUGGAUUGAAUAAGCAUAUACAUAGGAUAGAGAGGAAUAACGUUUCUUUUUGGCUAUGGCUGAUGUCACGCAAUUCAACGAGGGGACCGGGGACGUCGCGAAAGGGUUCGCUCGUAAAGGAGCUUUGAGGCAGAAGAACGUCCAUGAAGUGAAGGACCACAAAUUCACUGCAAGGUUCUUCAAGCAGCCGACUUUUUGUAGCCACUGCACUGACUUUAUCUGGGGAUUUGGAAAGCAAGGAUUCCAGUGCCAAGUUUGCUGUUUCGUGGUCCACAAGAGGUGCCAUGAGUUUGUCACGUUCUCCUGCCCCGGGGCGGAUAAGGGUCCCGACACAGACGACCCCAGAACCAAGCACAAGUUUAAGAUCCACACCUAUGGCAGCCCCACCUUCUGCGACCACUGUGGCUCUCUCCUGUAUGGUCUCAUCCACCAGGGGAUGAAGUGUGACACCUGUGACAUGAACGUGCACAAUCAGUGUGUGAUGAACGUGCCCAGCAUGUGUGGGACGGACCACACCGAGAGGAGGGGACGCCUCUACCUGAAGUGUGAGGUCACAGUGGACAAGCUGCAGGUCACAGUGGGCGAAGGUCGAAAUCUGAUCCCCAUGGACCCCAACGGCUCGUCUGACCCUUACGUCAAGCUCAAGCUCAUCCCAGACCCCAAGAAUGAGACCAAGAAGAAGACCAAGACCAUCCGUGCCAACCUCAACCCCACCUGGAACGAGUCUUUCACUUUCAAGCUGAAGCCUACAGAUAAGGACCGCAGGCUGUCUGUGGAGGUGUGGGACUGGGACCGGACCACCAGGAACGACUUCAUGGGCUCCCUGUCCUUCGGCGUGUCAGAGCUGAUCAAAUCGCCUGUGUGUGGCUGGUACAAGAUGUUGAACCAAGAGGAGGGCGAGUACUACAACGUGCCUAUCUCAGAGGAGGAUGACGGGAACGAGGAGCUCAGACAGAAGUUUGAGAAAGCCAAGCUGGGCCCUGGUACUAAGAAGGUGAUCUCUCCAUCAGAUGACAGCAGGUCUAAUCUGCCUUCUAACAACCUGGACUCUGUCAAACUCACCGACUUCAACUUCCUGGCCGUGCUGGGGAAAGGCAGCUUCGGCAAGGUGAUGCUGGCAGAGAUGAAGCCCACAGAUGAUCUGUACGCUAUCAAGAUCCUGAAGAAGGACGUGGUGAUCCAGGAUGAUGAUGUGGAGUGUACCAUGAUAGAGAAGAGAGUCCUGGCCCAGCAGGACAAACCACCCUUCCUCACUUCACUCCACUCCUGCUUCCAGACCGUGGACCGGCUGUACUUUGUCAUGGAGUAUGUGAAUGGAGGAGACCUCAUGUACCACAUCCAACAAGCGGGCAAGUUCAAAGAGCCACAGGCAGUGUUCUAUGCAGCAGAGAUCGCUGUUGGCCUGUUCUUCCUGCACAAGAAAGGAGUGAUUUACAGGGAUCUGAAGCUUGACAACGUGAUGCUGGACUCGGAGGGCCACAUUAAGAUCGCUGACUUUGGAAUGUGUAAAGAGAACAUAUACGAGGGAGUGACCACUCGCACCUUCUGUGGGACGCCCGACUACAUCGCCCCAGAGAUUAUUGCAUAUCAGCCAUAUGGGCUAUCAGUAGACUGGUGGGCAUACGGAGUGCUGCUCUACGAAAUGUUGGCAGGACAGCCCCCAUUUGAUGGUGAGGACGAGGACGAGCUCUUCCAGUCCAUCAUGGAGCACAACGUGUCGUACCCCAAGCAAAUGUCCAAAGAGGCCGUGUCCAUCUGCAAAGGGCUGAUGACCAAACACCCGUCGAAGCGCCUGGGCUGCGGCUCCGAGGGAGAGAGGGACAUCCAGGAGCACGCCUUCUUCAGACGCAUCGACUGGGAACGCCUCCAGAACCGCGAGAUCCAGCCCCCCUUCAAGCCCAAAGGGUGCGGCAAAGGGGCGGAGAACUUCGACAAGUUCUUCACGCGCACCCAGCCCCAGCUCACGCCGUCCGACCAGCUGGUCAUUGCCAACAUCGACCAGGCCGACUUCUCGGGCUUCUCCUUCAUCAACCCCCAGUUCGUGCACCCCUCCUUGGUCUCCCUGCACACCGUAUGAGGAGGAGGGGGGACCACGGACCCCCCUUCCUACCUCCGCUACCUACCUAGCACUAACCCUCCACCAACUGUAGUCUCUUCAAGCCAAACUCCCAACCACCAAACUCCCCAACUACCAAACUGGCCCAACUCUACAACAGCAACAUGGACCCUGAUGUCGACCGCCAUUUUGAGUCCCUCUAUCAAUGUAUCAAUGAUGUGAGUCCUCUAUGAAUUGGACUUGGGGCUCUGAGUGAGAGGAGUUGGUGAGUGGAAGUGCUGUGUGUUAAUGGUGAAGGGGAGGAUGAAGGUUUGGGGAAGGAGGUGUAUGUAGGGAUGAUAUACUUUCCCACCCACCCAUUGUGUUUGUAUUCAAAUGGGCACUUAUAUGAAAUCAACACCUAUUGAAAUGAAUCAUGAUAGAUAUUGAGAUGACCGACCUGUUGUUUUGAAUGUGUGGGGACAAAAUCCAUGAAACUAUGCCAGUUUUUUUUUACUGAUUCUAGAGCGAAGGGUUAACUUCUUGUUAAACCCUGUACUGGCUAUACUAGUCUCCAUGGAAACCCAAGGCAACUACAAACGUAAUCUCUUGUUUUGAGCUAUUGGGUCAGAGUUAGAGCCAAAUAUGAGGUCAGUACAGGGAGACUAUGUUUACAGUUUUACCUUGUGUUGGUGAGAUUUUAUUUCAAUAUGCGUCAAAUAAUACACACCCAGUACGAAUAUCAUGACACACUAACAAUAACACGCACAUACAGAUGUAGGAUCUUAAUUCGAUCACCCUAUUGCAGGAGAACUUACCUGCAUUGCAAACUAAAACAUGUAAUGUAUUUGAGGUUUAAAAAGGCUCCGGAAGUUUGUAAUUUCCACUUAGAAAUUUCAGACUUAAUUUUCCCUUACAA